AUGAGCAUCCAAAAUGGAGAGUGCGAGGACUGGAGAGGGAGAAAGGCAGAUUCUAAAAAACAAGGUGGAAUUAGAGCUGCCAGCUUUGCAUGCGUUGUGGAAGUAUUAGAGAACAUGGUUUUCCUAUCCAAUGCAACAAACUUUGUUGUAUACUUCCUCAAGUCAAUGCAUUACCCAGCUGCUGAGUCUGCAAACAUGGUCACCAAUUUUAUGGGAACCUCUUUUUUGCUCACCAUAUUUGGAGGCUUCAUCAGCGACUCUUUCUUCACACGAUCUACCACCUUCAUCUUAUUUUGUAUUAUCGAGUUACUGGGACUUGUACUGCUUACACUUCAAGCUCAAUACAGCAGUUUACAGCCUCCUAUAAAUACAAGGCCGUCUCGCUCUCAAGCUACUCUUCUUUAUACCGGGCUCUACACAAUGGCCACUGGCGUUGGUGGCGUCAAGGCGUCAUUGCCUGCACAUGGAGCUGAUCAGCUUGACCACACCAACCAGCGACUUAUCUCUGCCUUUUUCAAUUGGUUUUUCUUUUCGCUAUGUACAGGUGGGCUCAUUGCUGCAACCGUUAUGGUUUGGGUCGAAGAGAACAAAGGGUGGAACUGGAGUUUUAAGAUUUCUAUCAUUGCACUGAGUUUGGCGCUGUGCCUUUUCGCAAUCGGGUUUCCAAUUUAUAGACACAAACGUCCCAUUGGCAGUGCACUAACAAGAAUCUUUAAGGUACUUGCUUCCGCAGUUCGACAUAGGAAAGCCUCAGUGGUAGAGAUGGGGAAUCAUAAUGCAAUUUCAGCAGCAAAAAGGACCCCUGACAAGCUCAGGUUUCUAGAUAAAGCAUUAUGUGAUGACACCAUAACUGCAGCUGAGGUAGACGAAACAAAGACAUUCCUUGGCCUAUUUCCCAUAUUCGCAAGCACAAUCAUGAUGAACUGCUGCCUUGCACAGCUACAAACAUUCUCAGUGCAACAAGGGAACAUCAUGAAUAGAACACUUAACAAUUUCAAAAUUCCUACCCAAUCAUUGUCAGUAUUUCCCUUAACAACUAUGCUUGUUUCCAUACCCUUAUACGAACGUUUUGUACACAGUUUCGGAAGCAAAGUUUCACCAAAAUAUAACAUUUUUCUACCACUUAAGAGGAUCGGCUUGGGGCUAGCACUAGCGUCAGGGUCCAUGGCUGUGGCAGCUGUUGUAGAGGCCAAGAGGCGCUCAGCGGCAACACAAAAUGAUGCGGCAAUGUCAGUGUUUUGGCUAGUGUGGCAAUACCUUUUACUUGGGAUUUCUGAUAUGCUCACUCUUGGUGGGAUGCUUGAGUUCUUCUACUCAGAGGCGCCAGAUAGCAUGAGAAGUAUUUGCACUGCACUGUCUUGUUGCUCUACAUCCAUGGGGUUUUUCAUUAGCUCAGUGUUAGUGUCAUUUACCAAUUUGGUGAGUGGACAAUUUGGUCAAGAGUGGCUUGGAGGGAACGAUCUGAAUCGUACACGUUUGGAUCUGUUUUAUGCACUUCUUAGCAUUCUUAAUUUGCUUAAUUUUAUAAAUUAUGUGUACUGGGCUAAUCGUUAUUAG